AUGGAACAAAGGUGCCUCUUGCCCCGGCUCGCUCCAACCAUUGGCGGUGGUGAUCGUCUGCUCUCUUUCAACGAGACGACACCCCGUCCGUCGUUUUCACCCAAGUCGGUCAGCGUGUCCUGGUCUUCUGCCGGCGUUGAUGGCCAGUUCAUUCGUACCGAUUCCGAUGGCGCCUUGGUGCUCGAGGACAUCGUCACGGGCGACUCGGAGACGUUUGUCCCCGCCGACCAGCUGCCCAAGGGUCUGCGGGAGUACUGGAUCAGCACCGACUCCAAGCACGUCCUUGCCUCGGCCAACGCCACGAGCCAGUACCGGCACUCAUAUCUGGCUGACUACUACGUUCUCAAUGUCGAGUCGGGCGAAUCGAAGCCCCUCGUCGACGACCAGGCUGGCGACAUCCAGUAUGCCGAGAUGGCUCCCUCGGGUGGUGCCAUCGCCUUUGUCAGGGGCAAUAACCUCUUUCUGCUGGAUCGCGACUCUGGAAACGUCACCCAGGUCACACAUGACGGUGGUCCCGACAUGUUCCACGGCGUGCCCGACUGGGUCUACGAGGAGGAGGUCUUCGGCGCCCGCUCUACUCUCUGGUUCUCCCCAGACGCCCACUUUGUCGCUUUCCUCAGCUUCAACGAGACGGGAGUGGGUACCUUCACCAUUCCCUACUACAUGGACAACAAGAAGACUGCCCCCGUCUACCCGCACGAGCUUGACCUGCGUUACCCCAAGGUCGGCUCCACGAACCCCACCGUCCACCUGAGCGUCGUCGACGUGGCCACCGGUGGAGCCCAGGAAGUGCCUGUUGACGUGUUCCCCUCAGACGAACUCAUCAUUGGUGAGGUCGCUUGGGUCACCAACACCAGCGAGUCCUUCAUCUACCGCGCCUACAACCGCGUUCAGGACCACGAUGCCCACGUCGUUGUUGACCCCGCCACCCUCGACUCCAAGACUGUCCGCCAGCGCGACGGGUCCGAUGGCUGGCUUGAGCAGACGCUCUCCAUCAGCUAUGUCGGCUCUCUGGGCGGAAACAAGAGUGACGAGGACACAUACUACGUUGACCUGUCAGAUGAGUCGGGCUGGAUGCACAUCUACCUAUUUCCCGUCCAGGGCGACAAGGACCCCAUUCAGCUCACCGAGGGCGAGUGGGAGGUGAGCUCUAUCCUCAGCAUCGACAAGGCCCGUAGCCUCAUAUACUACUCUGCAUCAACGCACCACACCACCGAGCGCCAUAUCUACAAGGUCUCGUGGCUCUCGGGCGAAGUUACGCCUCUUGUUGAUGACACCAUCUCUGCCUACUGGUCGGCAUCUUUCUCGUCCGAGUCGGGCUUCUACAUUCUCAGCUACUCUGGUCCUGAUGUGCCGUACCAGGAGGUCUACUCGACCACCGGCACCUCAUCUGAGCCCCUACGUACCCUCGAAGACAAUGCCGAUUUCGUCGCUACCGUAGCCGACUACAAGCUGCCCAAGGUCAGCUUCUUUGAUCUCGAGCAUCCGGACGGAUAUUCUCUCAGCGUUAAACAGUCUCUACCGCCAGACUUUGAUCCGUCCAAGAAGUACCCGAUCCUAUUCACGCCAUACGGAGGGCCCAACUCGCAGCAGGUACUCAAGUCGUGGUCGUCGCUCGGCUGGGCUGCCUACAUCGCAUCGGAACCCGAGCUGCAGUACAUCACCUACACGGUAGACAACCGCGGGACGGGACACCGCGGACGCGCCUACCGCUCCGCCGUGACGGGCCACCUCGGCAAGCUGGAGCCCCUGGACCAAGUCUGGGCAGCCCAGCAGCUAAUCAAGAAGCAUCGCUUCAUCGACCCUCACCGCGUCGGCAUGUGGGGAUGGUCGUUUGGUGGCUACCUGACAGCUAAGACGGUAGAGCUCGACUCUGGUGUCUUUACGCUUGGUCUCAUCACUGCCCCCGUCACCGACUGGCGCUUCUACGACUCGGUAUACACUGAACGUUACAUGAAAAAGUUGCAGGAUAAUGAGCAGGGUUACCGCGACACGGCCGUCCACAACGCAACGGGUUUCAAGAACAUUGAUGGCGGCUUCUCGCUGCUCCACGGCACGGGAGACGACAAUGUCCACUACCAGCACGCCGCGGCCCUAGUUGACUUCCUCUUGGGCGAGGGUGUAACCCCGUCCAAGAUGCGCAUGUUUGCCUUUACCGACAGCACGCACUCGAUCAGCUAUAAUGGCGACUCUCUGUAUCUGUACAAGUACCUCACGCAACGACUGUACGACGAGGUGAAGCGUAAGGUUGGUGGCGAGGUGCUUGUUCAUCAGUGGAGUAAGCGAGUAGAAGAGGAGGAAGACGCAGAGUAA